AAUGCCACCUGUUAUCUAGCUCAGAUAACUGCCCUUCUCGACCUCAAAGUUAGACGUGUGGUCAUUUACGCAGAGAUAAUCUGUGUUUAAUCUUGUCAUCUGGACUCAAAGAGUUGAUUUUCUGUCACUACACACAUUUCCGGCAGCAUUUGUGUCUCCCCCUUUGCAAGAGAACGACUUAACCUGCGACAGUGAAUGACGAUGGCUUCCACUACGGUAUUUGGCGAGUGCAGUCUGCCAGCGAACGUCCAGCCCUAUUCGUCAUCCCUUUCGGUCCCGAACUGUGAAUCUUUUGCGCGUUGUACUUACAAUCCAUUCUUUUUACUCUUUACUGCCUCGGCGUUCCGCUGCCUGUGUGUUCCUGGUAGUGUGCCAACAUAUGUAACUGCCAACAACGUGACUUGUACCGAAAUCAGGGGAACACCGUGUCAGACUAAUUAUGACUGCAACUCAAGGACAACGGAUUGUCUGGGCAUCAGUAUGGCCAACCCAACAUUCUUUGGAAAUUCUGGCACCCAAACACCAUUCUCAUCGGAUUCGUUGACAUUGUUGGCUCCCCUGGUAUCAGUUAUAUGUAGCUUCAACGACAGGAACAUAGUGGAUGUAACCAAGUUAUAUUUCUGUUUUGGAGCAACCUCAUCCACGUUGGGCCAAUGUGCUGAACUAGGUGGUACCAUUCCACCGGUGACAAAUAUCAAUUACGAAGAUAUUGUCUUCCCACAGGCACUUCAGAGGGAUCUCUGGAGAAGUCUGUUAAUUCCAAGGUACCCCGGGGUGACAUUCAACCCGAAUGAUAUUACUACCUACUUUUCAACAUCCACUCUGGACAACAUUGUUCCGGUGUAACGAAAUUGUCGGUCCACGUAACAGAAAGUCCGCCCUCCAUUUUGUAAGGUUAGGGUCACCUUGCGUAGGUGGGUCAAAAUCUAUUUCGAGACUUACCUCAAAUGAAUGGGAGACAUACUCUCUGAAAUGAAAAACUUUUUUGCCAAUAAUUUCUAUCAGAGAGCGUGGUCAUGACAUAGAAAUAGGAGCGUGUGUCUUUCAUCUUGGAAAUGAUGUUCUGUUAAUGAAAUAAUCUGUUAUGUAAUUAAAGUUGCUGUAAUAUUAUUAACUUGGUAUUUAUUCCCCAUUUGCAAUUAAUUUGUACCCGUCACAAUAGAACACACACAUAUGUAUAUAUGUAUAUCGCGUCUAUUAAUAAUGUUUCAUGCCAAUAAGGCAAACAUUACACAUGCAUUAUAGAUGUUGAUGGUAUAUAAUUAUUCAAAAUGAAUUUGUUACUUUACCUUGUAGUGAAAAAAUGUACCUAUCUCUGUCGAGGUAAAGGAAAUAGAAUACAUUAUUUAGCAUAUUAAUGUCCAGGAUAAGCAUAGAUGUACAUGUUAAUGUAAGAUGCAUUCAGAUAGUCCUGCGCUGUAAUAUAUAUGCAAUUAAUGCUGGGACCAUUAGUUUUAACAUUACUAGGAUUUAAAUGUAUCAUCUACACAGCUUUAAAUAACUUUAAUGUAAUUACAUAAAUGCUAUAACCACGUAUUGUUUGAGCAACACAUAAUAACUUUGUCUGCUGGUUUAGAGUGAAACCGGAAAAUGGUACGUUUAAUAUUUUAGUAAAUAAACUAAGCUAUCACUGGCAGAUGGACAAUUGUAUUUUAGUAAAUAAACUAAGCUAUCACUGGC